AAAAAAUAAAACACUACAGUAGCUGGGAUGUGCUUUGCUGCCUGGCAACUGUACACCGAGGAUUUUUCUUCCACGUGCUACCAUUUGCACUAUAAAGCACAGAAUAGAGAGUUAUCUGUCACUUCUGUGCUGUCUAUGGAAGCAGAGCAUAACCUCGCUCAGUCCUGGAAAUGCACAAACAAAAAAUGUCAAGAGGAAAGCUCCUGCAAGGCAAUGAAACAAAGCAUGUGAAUUAAACAUGAAAGGGCUUUUACCAUCUCAUCUGCAAAUCUUUUUACUGUAAAGAAUAAGGAUUUUUGCACUGAUGCAGCAUUACAAUAUGGGUGUUUCUCUGUAAAAUAAAUAUUGCUAAAAAGAAGGGCAUUUUUCCUAUUUGAUCUUUACGCUGCAGCUGGGCUUCUACUCUUUAAUCCCUUUAAACUUCUGCCUCCUACCUGUUGAUGGCUCUCGAAGAAGAAAUACUUGAUGAGAUGCUGAAUCUGUCCUGGGGGACAAUAAACAGCAGCAUGUUGGGGGAUGUAAACAGGACCAAUGAAUCCCUGUUGAACUGGACUGAGACUGGACCCCCACCAUUAUUAACUGAUGCCUGGCUUGUGCCUCUUUUCUUCGCCCUGAUCAUGUUGGUUGGGCUGAUUGGAAACUCUCUUGUUAUUUAUGUCAUCUCCAAACACAGACAGAUGAGGACUGCCACCAACUUUUAUAUAGCAAACUUGGCAUCCACUGAUAUUAUGUUCCUUGUGUGCUGUGUGCCUUUCACUGCAACACUCUAUCCUCUUCCCAGUUGGAUAUUUGGAGACUUCAUGUGCAAGUUUGUGGCCUAUUUACAGCAGGUAACAGUGCAGGCCACUUGUAUCACCCUGACAGCAAUGAGUGCCGACCGAUGCUAUGCCACACUGUACCCACUGAGAUCUCUGCGUCAUCGCACCCCAAAAGUAGCCAUGCUUGUUAGCAUCUGCAUAUGGAUAGGAUCACUACUUCUGUCUACACCAAUCAUACCUUAUCAAAAGAUCCAAAAAGGCUACUGGUAUGGGCCAAGAACUUACUGCAUAGAGCAAUUCCCAUCAGAUAUUAUGAAGAAGGUUUGCAUCUUGUACCAGUUCCUAGCUGUUUACUUGCUGCCAUUACUGACCAUAUGUCUGUGUUACUCACUGAUGCUGAAAAGAGUUGGACGGCCAGUUGUGGAGCCAACUGACAACAAUUACCAGGUCCAACUGCUAUCAGAGAGAACUAUUGCUAUGAGAAGCAAAAUCUCCAAGAUGGUUAUAGUGAUUGUUCUGCUUUUCACUAUUUGCUGGGGUCCCAUUCAGCUCUUCAGCCUAUUUCAAGGAUUUUACCCAGGCUUUCAAGCCAACUAUGCAACCUACAAAAUCAAAACGUGGGCCAAUUGCAUGUCCUACGCAAACUCUUCAAUCAAUCCCAUAGUCUAUGGCUUCAUGGGAGCAAGCUUCAGAAAGUCUUUCAAGAAAGCCUUUCCUUUUAUGUUUCGAAACAAAGUAAGGGAUGGAAGUAUUACAUCUGCAACUGUGAAUAAUGAAAUGAAGUUUGUUGCCAUGGAGUCCACCAAUAAUGAACUUAAGUAGUAACUAUCAGAUUUUUGGAUUGUUUACAUGCACUUAACAAAUCAAGUUGGAUGCUUUCAGGGGACUUAGUUAAACUGAAGCAAAGCACUUAUGAUUAUAGCAAGUGGGCCGGACUUCUGUGAAAUCUGUGUAUUCAAGCAAAUUUCAGAGGGGCUGCUUUAAGAUGCCAUAGACUGUCACUGUUUAUUGGUCUCUGUGGGAUGUUUGGGCCUCCGCUUAUCCAUAAUUCUAAGGUCUGUUUUAAAUCUAAGUCUGCACCAUAUAAUAUUCUAAUUUCAAAUGAAACCUGGUUUAGAUUUUUGGAGUAUUUUUUUUACAUUUCAGUAUUUUUACAUUUACAUAUGAAGCAUAUAGUUACAUAGUUACAU